UACCCGGUUAGACCAAGGGAACGCGUUAGGUGACAGCCGGUUUUACGGUGGUCGUUGGUUGUAAUGUUCGGAGCUGGAGGGGAAGCUUCCGCGAUAUAGGGAUUAGGUUCGGGAGACGUGCAAUUACAGGAGCCACAGCUGGGAGAGACUGUGCAUGUAGACGUGGUUUCCAUGGAAACAGGUGAGACUCCCAAUAUGGCCUCCAGUAGAAAUCGACCAGGAGCUCAUGAGUUGGAGCUGUUCCUUUCCUCUGUGACGGCGCCGUCCCUGGAUUCUGACACAAGCUCCUUGUCUGACCUUGAGUUGGAGGAGCUGGAGGUCUUCCAGAGGGAUGACUGCCACCUGUCUGAUGUGUCGGGUGAUGAGGAUGAUGACUCUAUAAUUAAGGUUCUGCCUGCACCAGAGAUCGGCCAGACAGGCGGUGGUGGCGCUGUGCUAUCUGAUAUCGUUGGAUCCCUAAAUCCCCCAGAUUCGCCAGGCUCUCCAUCAGAUUGUCCUGCGGUAUCCUGCUCUAACAUGGAUGAGACCCGAGAAGACCCAACACAUGGAGCUCCUUCUCAGAUCACUGCAGAGCUGGACAAUCGUGAAAGAAUAGCUGUAGAUCGCCUUGUAAAACCUAAGAAUGGUCAAAAAGACUACAACUCCCAUGAGGCAGGGGUGGAACUGUUCCCUUUGCCAUCCCUACAGCUGAUAGAUCAGGAGGAUUUGGAGACGAUCCUUCAACGUCUGACAGACGAGGUUAAAUUAUCAAUCUCCGCAAAGCAUCCAGAAGAAGCCUUGCCCCCGUCCAUACCAUCUAUGGAGAACACCACAAAGAAACGGCAAGAGCAAAUCAUGGAGCAGCUGGGUGAAUUAAGCGCCAGGCAGUCACAGGCCAGGAGUCCUCAUCAGUGUCUUAAAGGAGAACACGUAGACAACGAGGUGGUCAACUCUGAGAGUUGGAACAGCAGACCAAAUGGGAACGAGAAGAAAAUGAAAAUGGUGCAUCAAAGGCGAGGCACGGAAAAUAACCCCACAGUCUUCAUAGACCUGAGAGUGACGUCCUCCACUCCAAACCUGAUGACUGGUGGUGGUGGAGAACCAGUUCAGAAGAUCCCGAGGAGAGCAGAUGUGCCACAGUAUGUGUCAGUGCACACUGGUAAAAGUGCAUUACUGCGACAGCUGCGCAACAGCAAGAUGAGAUCUCGCUCGCCACCGGACCGUGAUCCCCAGCGGCCCGUCAUCAGCAGUCCAGAGCCCCCCAAAAAGACCACAUCCCCUCAGGAGCAGGGGCUGAACACCAAGGUGGAGGUCGGUUCAUGCAGCCCUCAGAACAAAGAAGAAAUCCCAGAGAAGGAUACCAAAGAAGAAAGUCCAAGGAAAAAGAGCGAGGAACCGAGGAAAGCUCAGGAAAGCCGCAGCACAGAGGAGCAAUCACAGAGAGAAAAGCGGCACAGGGAGAAGAAGAGCAGGCAGACGAUGCAGAGCCAGCUGGAGGGGAUGAGACCUCGGAGCUCGGUGCGCGGCCGGCAGACAGCGGCAGAGCAAACGCCAGUGCUGUUCCAUCUGGAAGCUUCGUACGGCCCUGAGAUGGACACAUUGCCAGCGAGCGGCAGAGUGGAGGCUUUACUCCUCACUAUCCGUCUGUCCCGCUGCGGGCAGGUUCUCGCGCCAGGACAGCACAUCAGCCGCUCAGCGCUCUUAAUGGCCAACGCGUACAACGCUCUUCUCGCCUGGCUUCUCUCCUUGGUCGCAUCUUUAAAUCUCCACUACGAGGGCGAUGCCCCCUUCCAGGUGCUAGGACUUCAACAGAUGUGGCGGGAGGAAGGAUUGGCGCUCUAUGCCUGCGUCUCACCUCGGGAAGCGUCGGCCCUUAAAAGUACCAAGGCGCGAAAGCACAAGGGCAAAGAAGACUUCCGUGGGACAUCAAGUUUUUACCAACAGGUUUCCCGGUUCCUGUCGAACCACACUCUGCAGAGCGUCGCCCCCUGGAAAGAGAGCGUCAUGGAGCAGCUGCAGGGGCAACUAUUCCCGCUAAACCUGGAGGUCCCGGUCGUGAAGCUAAGCAGCAUAGUAAUGCUGAACCCCGACCCACAGGCGGUGGAGAAGGUCUUCUCCUCACCCUCUGGAUUUUUCUGGCAAACGUUGGAGACUGAGGAGAAGCUGAGUCCUCUGGCCCCCGAAUUCUUCAAGGAUGGGGAAAUUGAGGUGGUCCCUAUCAUAAUGUACGAUACCCUCCUCCAUGAUUCUGUUGCUUUUCACCAUGCCUUACACCUCAUCCUCACAGCCGGGCUGGAUGUAUGCGGAGUAAGACUGCUAUACCCAGAAGUCUCCGCUCUGCGUCCUAACAUAUACACCAUCCCUCCUUCCUAUGCCGAAGGAGACAUGAAAAGCCUACCAGUCCUGGCUAUGGCCUUGCGGGGGUCCCACGCAGGCAGCACAUGGGAAAGCAUAUCGGGCCCCUGUGAUCCACAGCUUGCCCGUCAGACAGACCAGAACUCCCUGAGCGCCCUCUAUGGUCUCACAAGAGAAUCUCCGCUCCUGCAUUAUUCCCGCACCUCAGGGAACAUAUUGAGGGACCUCAGUCAUUGGUUUGGUGGUAGAAUUCCCAGCAAUGGGGUCCUGAACACUCGAAUUUCGGAUCCAUCAGGAAGGAGCCUGCCACUCAGAGCCCGACAGAAAGUCAUUGCCAGUCCUCCUGCUCUGCUCACAGCGACCACUAGGGGUGAUGUCUUUCUGGUGGUCUCGCCUACUGUGCCACCCCGUGCUUAUGGAGAUGUAAUAGACACAUGCUGCCAGCGAGGAUUCUCCAUUCAUGGCAUCCGGCGCCUUCGUCUCUCUGCUAAACGAGGAGCCAUGUUUAACCUGUCUGCUGCCCAGGUGUCUGUCUUCUGCCCCAAUAAACCACCAGCCCACCCAGGGGAGAAGCUGGACCUCUCCGCUCCUGAACCGCCCCUCCACUGCUUGCUGCUGCUCCUCAGGAAGGAGAACGCAGAGCACCAUACACCAGCUCUCCUCCAAGGAUUAAUGGGUGAUCUGGCUGAGCAGGGUCUCCUGGGUGAAAUCCGGACCAACAUGCAUCAUCCUGAGGAUCUGGAUCACAAUAUGUGUUUUCAUGCAGUGGCUUUUUCUGACAGUCUCCUACAAAGUCUAGGCGGAAACUUGCACUCCGUGCCAGACUCCGGCACCGUAUGGCACAUGCAGUCCAGGCAGCCGUUCAGCUUGGACCCUGAAGUCGAGCAAGUCGUAAUCCUGACUAUCAGCGGGAGACAGGCCCUGCAGAAAGCCGGACACUUCCUCCGUCAGAUCCUUAGACCAAAGCCGAAAAUUCAAGACUCAGUGGCAGUAGGAACUGGAUUUCAAGGUUUUGAGCUCCUGGGUCUGAAGUGGAUGCCUUCCCUGAGUUGGGCCCAGGCUACUGCAAUCACCCCGUUUGAGGUAGGAGAACAUCUCUGGCAGCAGAGCGUGGACCAGCUAGCCUCUGACCAGGCUCUCGUGUGUGCCCUACGACGUGUCCAAGCCUUCUCCACCCUAGCAGACACCAUCAAAGAGCUUGUGCCAGUGACGGGGAAGCGACAAGCCAAGGUCAUCAUGUCUGCCACUCCUGAAGUUGCUUUUCGUCAGGCUGUCCACUUUUUCACAGAUAAGGACCUGGUUUCUGAUUCCCAAAGACGACAAGUUUUGAAAUAUAUUGCUCCUCCCAGGAUUCAAAGCAGGUCAGAAGGAGGGGGAGAGCACAGGGCGCAGACGGAGUCCAUAUUCACGUACAUGCUGUCGGGUCCUCCUCUGUUGUACACAGUUCUUCUCCUUAAACCGGGAUCCUGGAGCAGUAACCUGGGGAAGAUCCUGCGCAGGAUUGAGCUGCAGAGGUUUGUCUUGGUGGCAAUGAAGUUGGUGACACUGAGCACAGAAGAUGCACUACAGGUCAUCCCCACCGAGGCGAGAGAGGACAAGGAUCUGUGCCAAGCCCACUGUGACUACCUGACCUCAGCCCCGGCCCUUGUGUUGUGUCUCCAGAGGAACAAUGCAAUUCUCAAACUUCUAGACCUCCUGGGCCCAGAAGAUCCAAAAGUGUGUAAAGCUCAAGACCAGUUCCUCUGGAGAGCCCAAUAUGGCACUAGUUCUGUUCGAAACGCAAUGUAUGGUUCCACCUCGUACCAGACUGCCAUCCGAGAAAUAAAGCGCUUUUUCCCCGACGGUCUCGUCUGCGACCACCAGUCCAUUGUUCUAGAAGCAGAACAGAUCCCCAGGAUGAGACGGGACGUCAUAUUUAACAGCAGAACACAAAGGCAAGCCCUGAAGAAUCCGCUCUGCAAUGGCGGACUAUCACAGAGUACAGGUUCGCUGCUCACCAGCGCCUUGUGCCAGACCACCUGCCUGCUGUUCCCUUCUCGCGCACUAGGGGGCUCUUCGCCAGCGUACAUCCAAGGACUGGAGCAGCUGAGCAGCAGAGCGUUCCGCAUCACCGCAGCGAGGCUCACCGUGUUUGACCAAUCGCAGGCCCAGUUUGUCGCGGAGCUGUACAGCCUACAGGAUAGCCUCUCUGCUGAGUUCAAGGCUGAAAUCGCAGGCCCCUGUCUGCUGGUAGCCGCCCAGAGGGACAACGCCGUGACCUGUUUCCACUCGCUAAUGGCCAGCAGUGACAACCUGCAGAGAGACCAGAAGAGCAUGGUGUUCCUCCUGAGCCCUCAGAGCCAGCGGCAGGCCUCCAAGAUAAUCGGCGCCUUAUUUGAGUCGCUGACCCCUGACAGCAUUCACCAAAUUGUGCCUGAAGCCUCCUGAGAAGAGGAGAGGUGCGAGUUCACUGAUUUUAAUGACGAGCCUCAAUAGCACCCUGACAGCCUCUCGGGGGGACAAUCUCAUGGAACUUAACCCUUAGAAAUAUGAAGAUUUUCUGAAAGCCUCGCUGGAGGAUAUACAGCCGAUCUCUGCUGCCUCCUUCACAGGCGAUGACACAAGACAUGUUCCUUAAAGCGAGAAGGACUCAGCUGCUCAUCUCUAGUGGACUCUGAUCUAACGGCCUCUAUGAACUCUUCAGUUAUAACUCUAAGACCUCAAAUUCCAGAUUGCCUGCAAUAUUGCACUACACUAAAGCUGUGCCUUUUUCUACAAAGCACUGAUGAUCCAGUCCUUUCACAUUCCCACGUUCUCCUCUAGGUGGCGCUAGUCAAUCCUAACACCACUCCAAUUGAGGCUCGAUAUAUGAAGAUAGAUAGGCAGACAAAGGCCUCAUUGAGUGGGCCAAAACGUUGCCUGGGAAAUAAAUUGGGUCAUCACCUUUUCA